CUGCACUACGGGACCCUCCUGGGCAGCAGAGCUUGUGCCCACAUGGCAGCAGCUGCCUGGGCCAGUGCCUUCCUCACUGCUCUCAUGCACACAGCCAAUACAUUUUCCCUGCCUCUCUGCCAGGGCAAUGCCCUGGGCCAGUUCUUCUGUGAAAUCCCACACAUCCUCAAACUGUCCUGCUCCAAAUCCUACCUCAGAGAAUUUGGGUUUCUUGUGUUUUCUAUCUGUUUAGGACUUGGUUGUUUUGUGUUCAUUGUUUUCUCCUAUGUGCAGAUCUUCCGGGCUGUGCUGAGGUUCCCCUCUGAGCAGGGACGACACAAAGCCUUUUCCACCUGCCUCCCUCACUUGGCUGUUGUUUCCCUGUUCUUGAGCAGCGUCAUAUUUGCCCACCUGAAGCCCCCCUCCAUCUCCUCCCCAUCCCUGGAUCUGGUCCUGUCAGUUCUGUACUCAGUGGUGCCUCCAGCCCUGAACCCCCUCAUCUACAGCCUGAAGAACAAAGAGCUCAAGGCUGCUGUGUGGAGACUGAUGACUGCAUGUUUUCAGGAACAUUAA